AUGGUCCUCCUUUGGAGUUGCUGUGUGCGUGUGCCCUACAACCCAAGUAAAGACCAGGCGUUCCAAGUAGCCUCCUGGACGCCCCACCGAGGCCUUGUUCUCAUCACUCACCUCCCGCUCUUCCCUGAAAAGUUCUCCAAGUUCCCUCACAGACCAUCUCUGCUAGCGGCAUCGGAGGUGAACCCCUUUAAUAGAAUAAUUACCGUACAGGAUCCUGGAGUUCCUGGAGGACAAAAGUUCGAGUUUAAGGGUCCCGUUCCGAAUCUGAUGGACUACCUUGCUAAAGCUCUUAAUUUCAC